AUGAUACAUGCAAAUGGGGCCUCCCCGGUUCCGCUUCCACAAGUCACGACGGCUGAGAUGGAACGGCACGUUGACAAUAUCACCCCCAUCCGCAACAUCCUGUCGUCUACACCUUAUGAAUGUUCCACUAUUGAGCAAUUGAGUGGUGGUCAUCUGAACCUCACCUACCGUGGUCUACUUGCUCACCCGCUCGCCGACGGGAGCAAGAGUGUUAUUAUCAAGCAUUCAAAGGACUAUGUGACUUUCGUCCCUGGUGUUACGUGCCUAGCCAGUCGAUGUAAAGUCGAAUAUGGAGUUUUGGAAGCCUUGGCGCGAGGGCUCGUCGCGCCAAAACAUUACGAAGGCGUUAUUGUGAAGACACCCUGUCCAUAUCACUUCUUCGAGCAGAAUGUGCAGAUCAUGGAGGACUUGCAGGGUACAACCCCUCUCGUGGACAUCAUCUCCGCCGCUGGAUGUCAUAUGUCCCCUAAUCUUGCCGCGUCCCUGGGCUAUGCGAUUGGCAGCUGGCUAGGUUCCCUUCACUGCUCGACAUCGAAGCGUGGGGGCGGCAAAUUUGACCUGCACGAGAACCCAGUAGGCCGGGACACUAUGUAUAGAUUCUACUUGGGCAGGCUGGAGGAAAAGAUCAGAACUGCCCCCCACCUUUUUGAUGGCGUUGCAGACCAAGUGAGGAAGUAUGCGGUUGAAGAGAUCGAGCGACGUGAUGAAGACUGUGGGAUGUCAUUGGUGCACGGGGAUUUCUCGGUUAGAAACCUCCUUAUUUCAGAUGCAUCGCAAGAUAGGGGAUAUGUGACUGUCAGCCCCAUUGACUUUGAAUCAUCCCACUAUGGCCGUCGUGAUCAAGACCUCGCACAAAUCAUGGGUGACCUCUACAUCCUAGAGAUUGUGAAAGGUGUGAAGAUGGGCCGCACCCUCCUCCAGCAUAUUAUACGAGGAUAUCCGGUACUGCAUGAGGAGGAAAUCUUCCACACAGCUUGCUAUGUAGGGAUCAUGAUUAUUGUAUGGACAUUCGCCAUAGGAAUUGGAAUGACGGUGGAACAGGAGGAACAAAUCAUUCUCUUCGCAAGGGAUCUCAUUGUGAGGAGUCAGGAGAGAGAUCGUGCCUGGCUGGAGACUACCAUUGUGGGAUGUCUAUUUCAAGAGUCGCAAGGAGUGUAG